AUGCGUUUUACUCCUGUCUUUGCUAUGAUUGCACUUCUCGGCACCGGCUCAAUUGGGGCUGCCGUGGGACUUCCCCCUCAAGAACCGGACAGCCAUCAGCAACUGUCGCCUGCUAGCGACAGGCCCAAAGAUUUUGACAAGCGGCUUUUCAAGGGUAACCUUCUGUAUCGUGACGUUGAUGAGAAUGAACCUGAGCGUCUUAACAAGCGCGUCUUUGGUGAUAUCAAAUAUCGCCAGCUCGAUGACACCGACCCUGGGAGUCUGGACAAGCGUCUCCACAGGGCCAUCGUCUACCGGAAGUCUGAUGACAUUGAAACAGGAAGUCUGGACAAACGCCUUCACAGGGCCAUUGUCUACCGCAGGUCUGAUGAGACUGAACCUGAAAGCCUCGACAAGCGUAAAUAUGCCAAUCUCAACUAUCGCAGUUCCGACGAGACCAAUCCUGAGAGUCUGGACAAGCGGCUUCACAGGACAAUUGUCUACCGCGACUCUGAUGAGACCGACCCCGAGAGUCUGGACAAGCGUGUCUUUGGCGAUAUCAAAUACCGCCAGCUUGAUGAAACCGAUCCUGAGAACAUUGACAAGCGGCUUAACAAGGGAAAUAUCUACCGCAGAGAGGCUUGA